CCAGUCGAGCUCAUGAACGCCAUCAUGGCCUCUAAAAGGAAGCAGGAUUACUCUAUAAAGUCCAACAAGAAGAAAAACAAGACAAAUAAUUGUGAAACAAUAGCAGAACUGUGCCUUGUUGUUAGAGACGAGAACGUGAGAAGGACAGUGAAGGAGGCGUGGAACCAGAAGUCCCAAUAUACCCACGGUGAUUUGGAAUUAGACCGUCAACCUUUUCGUCACUGCGUCAUCAAAAACUUCAUCUGCGGUGAGAAUUUUUUGAAGAACCUGCAGAGAGAACUGCUCACACUCAAUUUUCACACCAAGUCCAACGAUCUAUACAAAUUUAAACAGUCUGAUGACUUGAGAAAAAGAACGGAGCCACACAUCUCAGGGAUAAGGUCAGCACUGUUUGGACAAUUCCGGCUAUGGCUUGAAGAAGUUCUGGGGGUCAAAUUGGAGCCCACUGUGGAUAUUUCUUGUGCCAAAUAUGAAUACACAGAUGUGCUUUUGUGUCACGAUGAUGAACUGGAAGGGAGGCGUGUUGCUUUCAUUCUCUACCUUGUACCUCAAUGGCAGAGCAGCGAUGGGGGAUCCCUUGAUCUUUACACAACAGACCGUCAUUACCAACCACUGAGUGUUGCCAAAUCACUUGUGCCUUCUUGGAACACACUCGUACUUUUUGAAGUGUCUCCAGUCUCCUUUCAUCAAGUGUCUGAGGUUUUGUCAGAGGACAAAUGUCGUCUAUCUAUCAGUGGCUGGUUUCACGGUCCAUCACUGGAACGUCCUCCCCGCCACGUAGAACCUCCCAUCACAAGGAGUCCACACUUACCAAGAGACGAGACAGUGCUGCUAGAGUGGGUAAAUCCCAUCUACUUGGAUAUUUCCCACCAGGAGCACAUUCAAGGAGAGUUUGAGGACACUUCGGAAAUCCAGCUUAAAGAUUUUCUCAGGAAAGAGAAAUACAGCCAGGUGAGUGAUGCCCUAAAGCUCGCGCAGAUUCAGUGGACGAGGAAAGGCCCUGCCAAUAAGAGAUGCUAUGAAACGGCCUGUCUGGACACCUUGCCUCAAUGUGUGAGUGCUUGUUGGGAGCUGCUUCGUUCAGAGUCCUUCUUCCUGCUCCUCUCCAACUUUACAGGCCUUCGAUUGCAUUACUUGUGCCCAGCUGAUUAUGAUGAUGAUGAUAAGGGUGAUAAUGAAAAUAAAGAUGAAGAGAAAAAGAAAAGCAACGUAAUGAAUGAAGAAGCCACAGGCUCUUCAGAUGAAACAGCAGAUAAAAGCAAAGAGCCAAGCACACCCCAUUGUAGCGGUGAAGUGCGACGAUGGUCCCAUGGCAGCUACACUUUACUGCACGAUGGAGAGGCAACACAAACAGAAUACGCACUGGACCUCAUCUUGCCUUUCAGCUGUGCAGGUUGGCAGUCAGAGUGUGGAGGCUUCACUUGUUACGUUGCAAAUGAAGAGGAUGAGGAGCUGCUGACGGUCAAUCCAGAAGAUAAUUCCCUCGCUCUAGUCUACAGAGACAAGGAAACCCUGAAAUUUGUCAAACAUGUCAACCAGAAAAGCAACAGGGGUUGUUCUGGCAGAGUACUGUAUGACUUCUCCUUUGUGUAUUAUGAAUAAACAUUCAUAUUGACCUUCCAAAA